GUUCCAUCUUGCACCGAUUCCCAUCCUGAACCCCUGCAUACGCUGUAAAAUUGUACCUUACUCAACGAGUCGAAUGCACUCAGAGAUUCCAUGCGGCUCUGUAGCUUGUACUGUACGCAUCAACAAGGAUUGGCCGGCACGUGGCCCGUCCUAAAGAUACAACGCUCAAUUCACGCUCCACGACCAAGUCUACCUUACCUCGGUGAGGGUGAAGCGAUGUUCCCAGCCCAAAGCUCACUUCAACUCGCGUGUGCUCACCGAUACUCACCGAAAUACACCGAAAAUGAUUAGAUGACAGACGGGCAUCCCAGCCCUCCGUCACCGAGAAUGAUUCAUCAACACUCCGGCGCUGACAAACCCCCUCCACCAACCUCUGUCAUCUAUCCCCAGUCGUUCAUACAACUCUUUUACCCCGAUCCCCGGCAAAUCCUUCCAAGGUUAUAUUGCUUACCCCAGAGGAUGCGGGCUGAGGAACGGGGAGAGUUGCUUAUUGCAGGCCCCUCGCGGCUCCAUCUUUGUCUAUCUCAACUGCCGUCAAACCUAAAUCCCCCGCCGUGUCAGCAGCCCGGCACCAAAUCCGGAACGCCUAAGGCCGAUUGACAUCGCCGAUAGCUCGAACCCCUCCCUUCUCCGCAGGAACAUGGAGCAGCGUGGCAUUUCGGCUGCGUUCCAGCUUUGCCGGCUGAGACAAGUUUUUGGCUCUUCGACUGUGCUAUGACCGAGGUAGAGAGUAGAUAUAGCUUUGCCGACACGUCGAUUCUUAAGCUGGCCUAUCUGCCUCUUCAGAGCUCUCCGCAGCCAUGGGAUACCUGCUAGACUCGACAGCGGACAACAUGAAGUUCUACAACGUCAUCAACGGCGAGCGCCGUGGGAGCGAUAACCACCACCAAUGCACAGAUCCCCGCACGGAGGAACCGCUCUGGGACGCUCCCCUUGCCACGACGCAGGAUCUUGAGGAAGCCGUUGCGGCCGCUCAAAAGGCCCUCAAGACUUGGUCCAAGACUACGAUCCAAGAGAGAUCUGACCUCUUGCGCAAGAUUGUGGAGAUUUACACCACCCACAAGGAUGAGCUGAAAGAAAUCGUCAUGAAAGAGACGGGGAAAUCGAGUCUCAUGGCCGACAUCGAAAUCACAAAUACCUGCAAUCAGACCUCGUACUACUCAAAUGUUCACCUUGAAGAUGAAGUCACUUUCGAGGACGACAACAUCAAGAUCGUCGCCACUCACCAACCGCUGGGUAUUGUGGGGGCUAUCUGUCCUUGGAACUUCCCUCUCAUCUUGUCAAACAUCAAAGUGGCAUCCUCGCUCAUCACCGGCAACUGCAUCAUCGUCAAACCCUCACCCUUCACUCCGUAUUCCGUCAUGAAGUCCAUCGAGCUGCUCAUUGACGUCUUUCCUCCCGGUGUCGUACAGGUGGUCAACGGCGGCGUCGACUUGGGUAUCGCAAUGACCUUGCAUCCAGGCAUCGCCAAGAUCAGCUUCACAGGGACAAUCGCCACAGGAAAGAGUGUCAUGGCGAGCUGCGCAAAGACGCUCAAGCGCUUGACCCUAGAGCUAGCGGGAAACGACGCGGCAAUCGUGACGGACGACAUUGACAUUACAAAGGUGGCAGGACAGGUCGCACAAGGAUGCUUCUUCAACGCCGGGCAGAUGUGCGUCGCAACGAAGCGAGUUUACGUCCACGAUUCGGUGUAUGAAAAGUUCUUGGAUGCCUUCAAGAGUGCAGUUGCCGAGAAAUAUGUCAUCACCAAGGAUGCCCACGCACCCAGCUUGUUCGGCCCCGUCUCGAACAAGAUGCAGUAUAACGUUGUCAAGGAUAUCUAUGACCACUACAAGAAGAAUGGCUUCAAUAUGAUUGCUGCGGACCAUCCCGAAAACUCCAAAGGCUUCUGGAUACCCCCGACCAUUGUCACAAAGCCUCCUGAUGACUCUAUCUUGGUCAAGGAAGAACAAUUUGGUCCGAUAGUACCCAUCCUAUCUUGGACAGAGGAAGGCGAGUUGUUCCAGCGAGUCAACCUGGCCAACGCUGGUCUCGGUUCCUCGGUCUACUGCCGCGAUCUAGGCCGUGCCGAGAGCCUCGCCCGGAGGGUGGAGGCGGGAACAGUCGCCAUCAACCUCCCCGAGAUACCGCACCACGGAGGUUACUUCUCCGGCAUGAAGGACAGCGGCCAUGGGGGCGAGAUGGGCAAACACGGCCUUCAUUCGUACUGUUACACGCAAAGUCUACAAUUUGGCAAGAGUUGAUCAAUCCGGCAAGAUGGCAAACAAGCGUACCAGAAGACUUAUUCCAUGCUACUUUGAGCGUGUUACUGUAGUCAGAGACUCGUACCAAUAGUCUAGUCUCGCUAAGACGUAGUACAUACCAAUGAACCCAACAUUAUCACACCGUUCAAGCAGUAUUCGCCCGGUUCUCAAGCUCGACAAAUUGCACCGCAAUAUCCCCAAUGGUAUCCUCCAACGGCCUAUACUCCAUCCCAAGGACCUUCUCCGCCAAUGACGCAUCAACCCCAAACAUGCCCUCCGCCAGCGCCGCCUUGGCCGGGUUCCCCUUUGGUAUCCGCCCCUCCCACUGCGGCAGCUUCUCCCUCAGAACAUUCGCCAGCCGCUGAUUCGACACGCCCCCGGGACUCACCAGGAACCUCUUCCCGCCCGCCUCGGGCGUCGUCGCCGCCAGCAGGUGCGCGCGCGCGACGUCCCGCACGUCGACGUACAGGUGCAGCAUCUCAGGCGGGACCGGCGAUUCCUUGGUGAGUGACGGCCCGCAGAGGUUCUGGUAGAGCAUGUGGUUGCUCUCGUUGAGGUUCUGCGGGGAGGCCGUCGCCGAGACGUCGUAGAGGGGUCCGUAGACGAUGGGCGGGCAGAUCGUGACGAGGUCGAAGGCGGGUUUCGGUUCGGAGGAGAGGAAGGACCAGGCGGCCUUUUCUGCGAAUUUCUUGCUGGCGACGUAGGGUAUCGCCGGGUGCGUCGACGCCUCUGCGUCCUUCCUCGAUACGCCGAGCCAGUCUUCCUCGCUGUAAAUCUUGGGCGGGUCGGAGAUGGGGGGCUUGGUGAUGUCGAUUACGGCGGCCAUGGAGCUCGUGACGAUGACCCUCUUCACGGUCGGCGCCUUGCGCACCACGCCGUGUAGGAUCUCGGUCGUGCCCUUGACGGCUGGGUCGAGGAAGUCGGCGUUGGAGUUGCCCUUGCGGAAGUUGAAGGGCGAGGCCGUGUGGAGGACGACGUCAAAGGGCGCAUGGUCGGAGACGAGGACGGUGUCGAAGGCACCCGGGGUGGCGAUGUCGGGGACCAGGGCGAAGUCGAGCUGCGUGGAGGGGUAGGAGGCGAAGGUCUUGCGGAGCUGGUCGACGGAGGACUGGGAGCGGACGACGGCGCGGACGGAGUGACCUGCUUCCAGGAACUGGGCGAGGAUGUGUUGGGCUAUGAAGCCGUUUGCGCCGGUUAAGAGGACGCGGAGAGGCAUGUUGGAACAGUUUGCUGUUAUGAUGAUGAUUAC